GACGACAUUGACGACUUUGCCCUUCGUCAUUGGUAUUUGGAUAUGUUUUGGUCAAAAACCUAAAAAUAUUCUUAACUAUUAGCACCCUCAAAGCUUAUAAAUGCUAAUUUCACCGAUAGCCUUAUGAAAAAAGUUUCGCUUUCCAUUGGUAGUACAGGAGAGCAGUAUAAGAUGGAGGAUGACAUAGACAUAGAGGAGCAUGAUCUGUUGGACGACCCCGCCUUGAGGAGCGUGUUUCCAGAUCUUGUCAUCCUCAAACGGGAAAUCAUUGAUUUUGAUGUCAGUGAAGAAACCCCAACAAGGAAUGAAAUUCCAAUGAGACAGGAUUACCAACUGGGUUGCACUUUGGAGGAGAACAGUGGGAGUCCUCCUACCGUGUGCCGCGCGCAUGACACAGAUGUCAAACCUGACGUGUUAUCUACGGACAUGGAUGACACAUCAACUGUUGAAAACUACAAUUUGACUGAAUCUGAAAUUUUAGUUUCUGAUAUAAAGAAAGAAUCAGAAAAUGCUGUAUCAAAGGAGUUGCCAUUUUACAGAAACAGAAUUAUACUCGGCAAGAUACAUGUAGAUGCGUCAGACAAAGUAGCUAAUUAUGUUAUUAAUAAUGAAGAGAAACUAAAGCCUGAUUCCGGUUUGGCAGCGGCAAUAAACUCCGAAGCAGGUAGAAGCAAGAUAAGUAAACAGUAUUGUGAAUUUGAACAGUGUUUGCAGCUUAAAAUUAUUCUAACUGACUGUUAUACAUCUCUAUUGGACAAUACCUGUUACUGUGCUCAGUGUGCAGUGUUGUUCCCCACCACUGAAGCGUAUAGUGAACAUAACACGAGCACACACACCGAGACCACUCACUCAACUAAAGCCUCCGCUUACGUUGAAAAAUGUAAAAAGUUGGUUCAUAAGGGGGCAUUCGAGUGUGAUACCUGCAAUAAAAGAUUUAAUUCUUUAAGUAAAUUGAAUCUACACAGGUUAAUUCAUACUGGCGAAAAGCCAUUCGAGUGUGCAACUUGCCAGAAAACAUUUCGUCAAUUAGGUCAUUUGACCAGACACCAGUUAAUUCACUCUGGCCAGAAUCCAUGUGUGUGUACAAUUUGCAAGAAAACAUUUAGAGACCCUUUCACCUUGAAAAUGCAUAAUCUCAUUCACACUGGCGAUAAACCAUACGAGUGUAAUACUUGCAAGAAAUCAUUCAGGCAUCUUAGCUCUUUAAGACAACACGAGCUAAUGCACACUGGCGAUUUUCCUUUCAAGUGUAAAUAUUGUCAGAAAAGAUUUAAGCGUAAAUACCGUUUAACACAACACGAAUUAAUUCAUACUGGUGAAGAGCCAUUUGAAUGUGAAAUUUGCAAGAAAAUAUUUACAGACCUGUACUAUUUCAAGAGACACAAGUUAAUUCACUCUGCCGAAAAGCCGUUUGAGUGCGACAUUUGCAAGAAAACUUUUGACCGAAAAAGUAGUUUGAAAAGUCACAAGUUAGUUCACACUGGUGAAAAGCCAUUUGAGUGUGACACCUGCAAGAAAACUUUUAAUCAUCGAAGUAGUUUGAACUGGCACAUGUCAAUUCACAUUGGCGAAAAGCCAUUUGAGUGUGAUAUUUGCAAAAAGACUUUUUAUCGACAAAGAGAUUUGAAAGUUCACAAGUUAAUUCACACUGGCGAUAUUAAAAUAUGAGUGU